GGGUGACCUCAUCUGUUUACUCGCUCCGGGACUCUCCACUGCCUCCAAAAAACCCGCUGAAUAACGUCUCCAAAUGGCGACAGACAUGGAAAGAUUUGUUUCUUUCGAGGAAGCUUAUUACGAUCAGUAUGACUAUUAUAACCUGCUGGAGUACUCGUGUCACGCGUGUGGAAAAGGACGCUCCAAGAAGGAAAUCGAGCUCAACACAAACCGCCAUUGCCCCGCAGGACACGAGAGGAAGAUCGCAGAGAAAUUUCACAACAGCCAGAUGAAGCGCAGGAGAACCAAGAGCUCGUCUUCAUGAUGCCUUUAAAGGUAACAACAACCCGGAAAAGCUGUUUAUUCAUCAAAUAUUGACUCAAUAAUGGCC